AUGGUCCGGGAAACCAGGCACCUCUGGGUGGGCAACUUACCGGAGAAUGUGCGGGAAGAGAAGAUCAUCGAGCAUUUCAAACGAUAUGGACGCGUGGAAAGUGUCAAAAUUCUCCCCAAGAGGGGAUCUGAAGGAGGAGUGGCUGCCUUUGUGGAUUUUGUGGACAUCAAAAGUGCACAGAAAGCUCACAACUCGAUCAACAAAAUGGGAGAUAGAGACCUACGCACGGAUUAUAAUGAACCAGGCACCAUUCCGAGUGCUGCUCGGGGAUUGGAUGAUACAGUUUCCAUAGCAUCUCGUAGUAGAGAGGUUUCUGGGUUCAGAGGAGGUGGUGGAGGGCCUGCUUAUGGUCCUCCACCAUCACUUCAUGCACGAGAAGGACGUUAUGAGCGGAGACUUGAUGGGGCUUCAGAUAACAGGGAGCGUGCUUAUGAACAUAGUGCCUAUGGACACCAUGAACGGGGGACGGGAGGAUUUGAUCGGACAAGACAUUACGAUCAGGAUUACUAUAGAGAUCCUCGAGAGCGGACUUUACAACAUGGGCUCUAUUAUACUUCUCGGAGUCGAAGUCCAAACCGCUUUGAUGCUCAUGACCCCCGAUACGAACCUAGGGCUCGGGAACAGUUUACACUGCCCAGUGUGGUACACAGGGAUAUCUACAGGGAUGAUAUUACCCGGGAGGUACGAGGCAGAAGGCCAGACCGGAAUUACCAGCACAGCAGGAGUCGGUCACCACAUUCAUCCCAAUCUAGGAAUCAGUCUCCUCAGAGACUGGCUAGCCAAGCGUCUAGACCCACAAGGUCCCCUAGCGACAGCGGCUCUAGAAGUAGAUCCUCCAGUAGUGACUCAGUCAGCAGCAGCAGUAGUACCAGCAGUGACAGCAGUGAUUCCAGCAGUACUUCAAGUGAUGACUCUCCAGCCCGGUCAGUUCAAUCUGCAGCAGUCCCAGCCCCCACUUCCCAGUUGCUUUCAUCUCUGGAAAAAGAUGAACCCCGUAAAAGUUUUGGGAUCAAGGUUCAGAAUCUUCCAGUACGCUCCACAGAUACAAGCCUUAAGGAUGGUCUUUUCCAUGAAUUUAAGAAAUUUGGAAAGGUGACUUCAGUGCAGAUACAUGGCACUUCAGAAGAGAGGUAUGGUCUGGUAUUCUUUCGACAGCAAGAGGACCAAGAAAAAGCACUGACUGCAUCAAAAGGAAAGCUUUUCUUUGGGAUGCAGAUUGAAGUGACUGCAUGGAUAGGGCCAGAAACAGAAAGUGAGAAUGAAUUUCGCCCCUUAGAUGAAAGGAUAGAUGAAUUUCACCCUAAAGCAACAAGAACACUCUUUAUUGGCAACCUUGAAAAAACCACUACUUAUCAUGACCUUCGCAACAUCUUCCAGCGCUUUGGGGAAAUUGUGGAUAUUGAUAUUAAGAAAGUCAAUGGAGUUCCUCAGUAUGCAUUCUUACAAUACUGUGAUAUUGCCAGCGUUUGUAAGGCUAUCAAGAAGAUGGAUGGGGAGUACCUUGGAAAUAACCGCCUCAAGCUGGGUUUUGGAAAGAGCAUGCCUACAAACUGCGUGUGGUUAGAUGGGCUUUCUUCAAACGUGUCGGAUCAGUAUUUAACACGACAUUUCUGCCGAUAUGGAUCCGUGGUAAAGGUGGUGUUUGACCGCUUAAAAGGCAUGGCCCUCGUUCUCUACAGUGAAAUUGAAUAUGCACAAACAGCUGUAAAAGAGACCAAGGGGAGGAAAAUCGGUGGGAAUAAAAUUAAGGUGGAUUUUGCAAAUCGGGAAAGUCAGUUGGCAUUUUAUCACUGCAUGGAGAAAUCUGGUCAAGAUAUUAGAGACUUUUAUGAAAUGUUAGCAGAAAGAAGAGAAGAGCGAAGGGCAUCCUAUGACUAUAACCAGGAUCGUACAUAUUAUGAGAAUGUCCGUACUCCAGGUACAUAUCCUGAGGAUUCCAGACGGGACUAUCCAACUCGAGGGAGAGAAUUUUAUUCAGAAUGGGAAACUUACCAAGGAGAUUACUAUGAAUCACGCUACUAUGAUGACCCUCGGGAAUACAGGGAUUACAGAACUGAUCCAUAUGAACAAGAUAUUCGGGAAUACAGUUACAGGCAAAGAGAAAGAGAGCGGGAAAGGUUUGAGUCUGACCGGGACAGAGACCAUGAGAGGAGGCCAAUUGAACGAAGUCAGAGUCCAGUCCACUUGCGACGUCCACAGAGUCCCGGAGCAUCUCCCUCACAGUCAGAGAGGCUGCCCAGUGAUUCUGAGAGGAGGAUGUAUAGUCAGUCCUCAGACCGCAGUGGAAGCUGUAGCUCACUGUCCCCUCCAAGAUAUGAUAAAGUUGACAAACCUCGUCUGGAACGCUAUACAAAAAAUGAAAAGACAGAUAAAGAACGAACUUUUGAUCAUCCUGAGAGAGGGGAGAGAGAGAGACGCUUAGUAAGAAAGGAAAAAGUAGAAAAGGACAAAACUGAUAAGCAGAAAAGAAAAGGAAAAAUUCAUUCCCCUAGUUCUCAGUCUUCAGAAACAGACCAAGAAAAUGAGAGAGAACUGAGCCCUGAAAAACCAAGAAGCUCUAAUAAACUGAGCAGAGAGAAAGCUGACAAAGAGGGACUAUCAAAAAACCGCCUCGAGCUCAUGCCUUGUGUGGUUUUAACUCGGGUGAAAGAAAAAGAGGGGAAGGUUAUUGACCACACUGCUUUUGAAAAGUUGAAAACCAAGCUUGAUAGCGACACCGUAAAGCUGUCUGUCCUCGAUUCAAAACUACAGGCUUCUCAAACUGAGCCUGUGAAGUCUGACCUGUCUAAACUGGAAUCUGUUCGAAUGAAAGUGCCAAAGGAAAAGGGCCUUUCGAGCCACAUAGAAGUGGUAGAUAAAGAAGGCAGGCUUAAGACCAGGAAGCACCUAAAACCAGAGCAGACUGCUGACGGGGUCAAUACUGUGGAUCUGGAGAAAUUGGAAGCUAGGAAACGACGUUUUGCAGAUUCAAAUUUGAAAGCAGAACGGCAGAAAGCAGAAGUCAAGAAAAGCAAUCUUGAGAUGGAGGAGGCAAGGGUCCCUUUGAAAAAGCAGCAUGACCUCUCUAGAGAUGUCAUUCUGCUAAGGGAAGGUGAGUUGGAAAGAAAGCCUGGGAGAAAAGAAAUUCUUAAAAGAGAAUCCAAGAAAACCAAACUGGAUAGACUUAAUACUGUUCCCAGCCCCAAAGACUGUCAGGAGCUUGCCAGUAUUGCUGUUGGGGUUGGCUCAAGGCCCAACUCAGACCUACAAGCAAGGCUGGGGGAACCGGUAGGUGAAUCUUUGGAAAAUCAGGAAAUCCAGUCCAAAAAAUCCACUUCCUCAAAACCACAGCUCAAACAGCUCCAGCUAUUAGAUGACCAAGGAGCGGAGAGAGAGGAUAUUAGGAAAAACUACUGCCAUCUUCGUGAUGAGGCACCUGAACGUAAAUCAGUCCAAGAGAAACCACACUCAGUAAAUGCUGAGGAAAAACUUGGCAUUGAUAUUGAUCACACACAGAGUUACCGAAAACAAAUGGAGCAGAGUCGUAGAAAACAGCAGCUGGAGAUGGAAAUAGCCAAGUCUGAGAAGUUUGGCAGCCCUAAAAAAGAUGUAGAUGAAUAUGAAAGGCGUAGCCUUGUUCAUGAGGUGGGCAAACCCCCUCAAGAUGUCACCGAUGACUCUCCUCCUAGCAAAAAGAAAAGAAUGGAUCAUGUUGAUUUUGAUAUCUGUAGCAAAAGAGAGAGAAAUUACAGAAGUUCACGCCAAAUCAGUGAAGAGUCUGAAAGGACUGGUUGUUCUCCCAGCAUCCGGCAUGGCUCCUUCCAUGAAGAUGAUGACCUCCUCAGCUCCCCUAGGCUAAUGUCAGUAAAAGGGUCCCCUAAAGUAGAUGAAAAAGGUCUCCCCUAUUCUAAUAUAACAGUUAGGGAAGAGUCUCUAAAAUUUAACCCCUAUGACUCUAGCAGGAGAGAACAGAUGGCAGACAUGGCCAAGAUCAAGCUAUCUGUCUUGAAUUCUGAAGAUGAACUAAAUCGUUGGGACUCUCAAAUGAAACAAGAUGUUGGUAGAUUUGAUGUGAGUUUCCCAAACAGCAUAAUUAAGAGAGACAGCCUGCGAAAGAGGUCUGUACGAGACUUGGAACCUGGUGAGGUGCCUUCUGAUUCUGAUGAAGACAGUGAGCAUAGAUCCCAUUCACCCAGAGUGUCUGCAUUAUAUGAAAGCUCCCGAUUGUCUUUUUCUUUGAGGGACAGAGAAGACAGACUACGUGAGCGAGAUGAAAGACUCUCCAGUUCUUUAGAAAGGAACAAAUUCUAUUCUUUUGCAUUGGAUAAGACAAUCACACCAGACACUAAAGCUUUGCUUGAGCGAGCCAAGUCCCUCUCUUCAUCUCGAGAAGAAAAUUGGUCUUUUCUUGAUUGGGACUCUCGAUUUGCUAAUUUUCGAAACAACAAAGAUAAAGAAAAGGUGGACUCUGCUCCAAGACCUAUUCCAUCCUGGUACAUGAAAAAGAAGAAAAUUAGAACUGAUUCUGAAGGGAAAAUGGAUGAUAAGAAAGAUGACCAUAAAGAAGAAGAGCAAGAAAGGCAAGAAUUAUUUGCCUCUCGUUUUUUACACAGCUCAAUCUUUGAACAAGACUCCAAGCGACUGCAGCAUUUAGAGAGAAAAGAUGAAGAGUCUGACUUCAUUUCUGGUAGGUUCUAUGGGAGGCAGACAUCUGAUGGAGCAAACAGCACAACUGAUUUAAUUCAAGAGCCAGUUGUUCUGUUUCAUAGCAGAUUUAUGGAACUCACACGAAUGCAACAGAAAGAAAAAGAAAGGGACCAAAAGCCCAAAGAGACUGAGAAACAGGAAGAUCCAGAGACUCAACCCAAGACCCCAGAAUCUGCUUCUGAAAAUAAAGACUCAGAACUGAAAAGUUCUCCUAGUGUUGCUGUCCCAGCUAUAACUCCAGACUCAGCACCAUCAUCCCUAGAGAAGACCACCACCGAGACAACAGGGGAGGUGUCUCCAGCAGCAGAAGAUCAGGUUGUGGAGACUGGUUCCAUCUCAGAAGAAGCAAAGCCUGCACCUGAACUGGCCCCUGCCCCUGUGGAACAGCCAGAACAAGUCCACUUGCCCUCAGAAGUGGACACUAGUAAGGAUGCUGCUGUGACAUCCUUGGUGGCGGAAGAAAGCUCAUCGGUUGAUCAGGUGCCUUACCUGGAUGCCAAGCCUCCAACUCCUGGGGCCUCAUUUUCCCAGGUGGAGAUCAGUGUAGAUCCAGAACCUGAAAGUACCCUGCCACUUUGUAAACCAACCCCGAAGGCUGAGGAAGCCAGUGAGCCAAAGGCUGAAAAGCUGGACUCAACUGCUGAUGUUGAGCCAAAUCAAAAAGCGGAAGCUGUUCCUGAGGUCCAGCCUCAAGCUUCUGAAGAUUUUGAGGCAGAUCCUCCAGUUGCUGCAAAGGAGAAAAGGCCCAACAAAAGUAAGCGUUCCAAGACCCCAGUCCAGGCAGCUGCAGCAAGCGCUGUAGAGAAACCUGUCACAAGGAAGAGCGAGCGGAUAGACCGGGAAAAGCUCAAGAGAUCCAGUUCUCCUCGGGGAGAAGCACAGAAACUGCUAGAAUUGAAGAUGGAAGCAGAGAAAAUUACAAGGACUGCUUCUAAAACCUCUGCUGGAGAUCCUGAGCACCCUGAGCCAAGUUUGCCCGUCAGCCGGACCAGGCGCCGAAAUGUCAGGAGCGUGUACGCAACCAUGAGUGACCAUGAAAGCCGCUCUCCAGUCAAAGAACCUGUUGAGCAGCCACGACUGACCAGAAAAAGAUUGGAGCGAGAGCUUCAGGAGGCUGUGGCAGUUCCUGCGACCCCACGGAGGGGGCGGCCCCCCAAAACACGCCGUCGAGCUGAUGAAGAUGAGGAGACUGAGGUGAAAGAACCAGCUGAAACCCUUAAACCAGCCGAAGGAUGGCGAUCUCCUCGCUCUCAAAAACUAGUAGCUGCUAGUGGCCCACAAGGGAAGGGAAAAGGAAAAACUGAACCAAAACUUGAUGCCGAACGUCCUGAGGCUGCCACUGAGGUGGGUUCUCAAAUAAACAUGAAAGAAAAUAACACAAAACCCAGACCUGAUGAUGAAGCAGGAAGUGAACAGAAACAGGAUAGAAAAGAAGUUGGCACAGAUAAAAACCCACCUGAAACUCCCCCAAUUGAAGUGGUAGAGAAAAAAAUAGUCCCCGAAAAAACCUCCAAAUCAAAGAGGGGAAGGUCGCGAAACUCGAGGUCAGCAGUGGACAGAUCUGCAAACCUGAAGAAUGUGGAUGCUAACACAGGUGCCAGUGUGGCUGCUGGGCUGGCAGGAGAGUUGGACACAGGGGUUACACCAGUCUCCCCUGAGAAAAGCGAGAGUCCCCAGAAGGAGGGUAGCUCGGUGUCCCCAGUGAAAGGUGAUCCUGUUGAUACAGAUAAGGAACCAGAAAAGGAAAAUGUGACUGAUGCUAAGCUUAGCACAGAAGCAGUGCAGUUGGCCAAGCAGAUGGAGCUGGAACAGGCUGUGGAGAACAUUGCAAAGCUCACAGAAACCACAGCCUCCUCAGCCUACAAGGCUGCAGAUGCACCCAAGAGCCCCACCACAGAGGAUAGGGACAAGCCUGCUCAUCAGGCGAGUGAAACAGAACUUGCUGCAGCCAUUGGCUCCAUCAUCAAUGACUUUUCUGGGGAGCCAGAAAACUUCACAGCACCUCCCAUGUACCCUUCAGAAUCUCAAGCAGAUACCCAGCCCCAUCCUCAGGGGCUGCCACCUCCUGAGCAAGCAAUGGAGCCGGAGACAGAUGAGGCUGUGUCUGGCAUCUUGGAGACUGAAGCUGCUACAGAAUCUUCUGGACCACCCGCCAGUGCUCCUGACGCUUCUGUAGGCCCAGCAGACACCAAGGAAACCAGAGGAAGUGGCAGUGAACCCUCUGAUUCGGUGAAAGAAGCCAGAGGGUCCAAAGAAGCAGACGUUCCUCGGAAAGACAAGGGGCGCCAGAAGACAACCCGAUCACGCCGCAAACGGAAUACAAACAAGAAAGCAGGGGCCGUGGCAGAGCCCCAGGCUCCUGAUUGUGAUCAAAUUCAGAGCAAGAGUCCAGCUGCAAACGAGGAGCCUACGGUACCAACCCCAGAAACUCCACAGCAAGAAAAACCAAGUGAAAAGCCCCAUUCCACUCCUCCUGAAUCCUGUGCUUCUGACCUGAGCAAGACUCAACCCCAGGACAAUGUAUCCCAGGAGAGCAGUGUUGAAGAAAGGACACCAACCAAAGGGUGUGCACCUCUGGACCUCCCCUCCCCCUCACAACUGCCACUGGGGGAGGAUGACCACCAAGCCAGAUUUAAGGUACAUUCAAUUAUUGAAAGUGACCCUGUAACUCCACCCAGUGACUCCAGCAUUCCUACCCCCACAAUUCCUUCUGUGACUGUAGCCAAGCUCCCAGCCCCUGUCACCUCUGGUGGGAUCCCACAUCAGAGUUCUCCUCCUAAGGUGAGGCAGGAGGAGCCCCGGACUCCAUCCACACCGUCUCCAGCUCCUCCCCCAGACACAAAAGCGUCUGACAUAGAUACCAGCUCCAGCACGCUGAGGAAGAUCCUCAUGGACCCCAAAUACGUGUCGGCCACAGGUAUCACUUCCACAAGUGUCACCGCCUCUAUUGCAGAGCCUGUCAGCACCGCCCCCAGCCUACAUGAGGCAUCGCCCCCGCCAGUUGAACCUAAAAAGACUCUUUUCGAAGAAAAACCAGCAGCUCUAGUAGCCAGUACUUCAGACACACAAGCCGUAGAAGUCCCAGUAGCCACUGACAAAGAAAAGCCAGCUCCAGUGAUUGCUCCCAAGAUUACAUCUGUCAUUAGCCGGAUGCCUGUCAGCAUUGAUCUGGAAAAUUCACAGAAGAUAACUCUGGCAAAACCUGCUCCUCAAACCCUGACCGGCCUGGUGAGUGCCCUGACGGGCCUGGUGAAUGUCUCACUGGUCCCAGUGAAUGCCCUCACUGGCCCGGUCAGUGCUCUGAAAGGGCCUGUGAAGGGUUCAGUGACCACCCUGAAGGGCCUGGUGAACACUCCUGCUGGUCCUGUGAAUGUCCUCAAGGGGCCAGUGAAUGUUCUCACCGCUCCCGUGAGUGUACUCACGGCUCCAGUGAGCGCCACGUCAGGGGCAGCGAAUGCCACCACGGGCACCAUGAACGCCGCCACAGGGGCAGUGACUGCAGCAUCUGGCACUGUGACUGCCACAACAGGUGCAGUGGGCAUGGCAGCAGGGGCGGUGAUUGCACCGUCGGCAAAAUGCAAGCAGAGAUCAAGCACUAAUGAAAACAGCCGUUUUCACCCAGGCUCAAUGUCUGUAAUCGAUGAUCGUCCGGCUGACGCAGGCUCUGGUGCUGGGCUACGUGUGAACACCUCAGAGGGAGUUGUACUUCUGAGCUAUUCAGGCCAGAAGACUGAAGGCCCACAACGGAUCAGUGCCAAGAUUAGUCAGAUUCCCCCAGCGAGUGCGAUGGACAUUGAAUUUCAACAGUCUGUGUCCAAGUCGCAGGUGAAACCUGAUUCUGUCACACCGUCUCAGGCUCCGCCCAAGGGCCCUCAAGCACCUUCAGGCUUUGCGAAUGUGGCCACCCACUCUACUCUGGUCCUGACGGCCCAAACUUACAACGCAUCUCCUGUGAUUUCAUCCGUUAAGGCCGAUCGGCCAUCCUUGGAGAAGCCUGAGCCCAUUCACCUCUCAGUGUCUACACCUGUCACUCAAGGUGGCACAGUGAAGGUGCUUACCCAGGGCAUAAACACACCCCCAGUGCUGGUUCACAACCAGCUGGUCCUCACGCCCAGCAUAGUCACCACUAAUAAAAAGCUUGCUGACCCUGUGACCCUAAAAAUAGAGACAAAGGUCCUUCAGCCGGCUAGCCUGGGGUCCACACUCACUCCCCAUCACCCUCCUGCUCUGCCCAGCAAACUGCCUGCAGACGUGAACCACAUAAACUCAGGGCCCAGUACCCCAACAGACCGAACGGUCUCCCAUCUGGCAGUCACAAAGUCUGACGCACAUCCUCCUCGACCAAGUGGGCCUACUUCAUCCCCGUUCCCCAGGGCUUGUCACCCCAGCAGUACCACGUCCACCGCCCUCUCCACCAAUGCUACCGUCAUGCUGGCAGCGGGCAUCCCUGUGCCGCAGUUCAUCUCCAGCAUACACCCUGAGCAGUCUGUCAUCAUGCCUCCCCACAGCAUCACCCAGACUGUGUCCCUUAGCCACCUGUCACAGGGUGAGGUGAGAAUGAACACGCCCACUCUGCCCAGCAUCACCUACAGCAUUCGGCCAGAGACGCUCCACUCUCCCCGGGCGCCCCUGCAGCCCCAGCAGAUAGAGGUCAGGGCCCCACAGCGAGCGGGCACACCCCAGCCAGCCCCUGCAACUGUGCCAGCUCUGGCCUCGCAACACCCCCCCGAGGAGGAAGUGCACUAUCACCUCCCUGUUGCUCGUGCUGCGGCGCCAGUGCAAUCAGAGGUUCUGGUCAUGCAGUCUGAGUACCGGCUGCACCCGUACACGGUACCCCGCGACGUAAGGAUCAUGGUGCAUCCACAUGUGACGGCGGUCAGCGAGCAGCCCAGGGCUGCAGAGGGUGUAGGGAAGGUGCCACCAGCCAGCAAGGGCACUCAACAGCCAGGGAAGGAAGCUGCCAAGACAACCGAUGCCAAAGCAGCCCCUGCCCCCCACAGCGAAGCCCGCAUCCUCACAGUCACCCCCAGCAACCAGCUCCAAGGGCUGCCGCUGAGCCCUCCUGUGGUGGUGACCCAUGGGGUGCAGAUUGUGCACUCCAGUGGGGAGCUGUUCCAGGAGUACCGGUACGGUGACAUCCGGGCCUACCAUACGCCUGCUCAGCUCGCUCACACUCAGUUUCCUGCUGCCUCCACUAUCGGCCCACCUACCCGGACCAAGACCCCUGCUCAGGGUCCUCCACCUGAUGGAGAGCCCUUGCAGCCCACUCAGCCCACCCCAUCGUCCACACAGCCUCCUCAGCCUGCCCCAGCCACACCAUCUGCCCAGCCCGUGCAGCCACUGAGCAGCAAAAUGCCUCAGGUCUCCCAGGAAGCAAAGGGGACCCAGACAGGAGUUGUUGAGCAGCCUCGUCUCCCAACUGUACCAGCAAACAGGCCACCCGAACCUCUUGCCCAGGUUCAGAGGACGCCCCCAAUGGAAGCAGUCCAGACAUCCCACCCUUCUCCAGUGUCUGUCUCCAUGAAGCCUGACCUUCCAGCCCCGCCCCCUGCUCAGGCUGCUCCAAAGCAGCCACUGUUUGUCCCUACGACCUCUGGCCCCAGUACCCCACCAGGACUGGCUCUGCCACAUCCAGAAGCCCAGCCCACCCCCACACAAGAUUCCUCUCCACACCUGACUUCCCAGAGACCUGUGGACAUGGUCCAGCUUCUCAAGAAAUACCCCAUCGUGUGGCAGGGCCUUUUGGCUCUCAAAAACGACACAGCUGCUGUGCAGCUCCACUUUGUCUCUGGCAACAAUGUCCUGGCCCAUCGCUCACUCCCUCUCUCGGAAGGGGGACCCCCCCUGAGGAUUGCCCAGAGGAUGCGGCUAGAGGCCUCUCAACUGGAAGGGGUUGCCCGGAGGAUGACGGUGGAGACAGAUUACUGCCUGCUGCUGGCUCUGCCCUGUGGCCGUGACCAAGAGGAUGUUGUGGACCAGACCGAGUCCCUGAAGGCCGCCUUCAUCACCUACCUGCAGGCCAAGCAGGCGGCGGGGAUCAUCAACGUCCCUAACCCUGGCUCUAACCAGCCCGCCUAUGUGCUGCAGAUCUUCCCGCCCUGUGAGUUCUCUGAGAGUCACCUGUCUCGUCUGGCCCCUGACCUCCUUGCCAGCAUCUCCAACAUUUCUCCUCACCUCAUGAUUGUCAUUGCUUCCGUCGUGUGA